CGCCUGGCACUGCAGGAGAGGAGAAACCGUCUGAACUUGUUGUCACCACCGCGGAAGCAGCCAUGAUGCACCCAUGGGUUUGGCUCGCUCUGGUGGCCUUCAUCUCUGUGGCCUCCGGCAGGAACCCCGGUGUGCAGGUCAAGCUGACCCAGAAAGGCCUUGAUUAUGCCAGACAGGUGGGGAUGGAGAAACUCAAGCAGAAACUCCAAACCAUCCAGAUUCCAAAUUUUUCUGGGAAACGCAGGGUCAAGUACAGUUUGACAAACGUGCGAAUCGUGGCUAUGGGAAUACCAAACUCUGCACUGACCCUGGCACCGGGAACUGGAGUCAGAAUGUCUAUCAGAGACGCCUUCAUCAAUGUGCGUGGAAACUGGAGGGUCAGAUACAAGUUCAUACGGACCAGCGGCUCUUUUGAUUUGAAUGUGAGCGGGCUCACGAUCGGUACGACCAUUUCUGUCACGAGUGGUGCGGGAGGCCGGCCGGUGGUCAGCAGUGUCAACUGCAGGGCUAGUAUUGGCCGUACAAGGAUCAAAUUCCAUGGCAGAGCCAGCUGGCUGUACAACAUCUUCAGAAAAUUGAUUGAACGGCCCAUGCGCAAAAAAAUGGAGGAACAGAUCUGCCCUCGGGUGUCUGACACUGUGUCCGAUCUAAACCCUCGUCUGCAAACUCUCAAUGUUCUAGCCAGGGUGGACAAGCACGCAGAGAUCGAGUACUCCAUGGUGUCGUCGCCAGUUGUUACACAAUCCUCCAUUGCUUUGAACUUGAAGGGACAAUUUUACAACAUUGGGCGCCACCAGGAGCCUCCAUUCUCCCCGCAACCAUUUUCCAUGCCAACCCAGCAGCACAUGGUGUACAUGGGCAUGUCUGCCUUCACCGCCAACUCUGCCGGCUUCGUCUACAACAGAGCUGGAAUUCUCAGCGUGUCCAUUACCGAUGAUAUGAUCCCAUCGGUUUCUCCCAUCCGCCUGAGCACCAGCUCUUUUGGAGUCAUCAUCCCAGAGAUUUCCAGACGUUUCCCAGGUCUGAAGAUGAUAUUGACCUUGAGCGCAGCGAGGGACCCAAUGGUGAUCUUUAAGCGCAACAACAUGACCAUUGUGGCUGUAGCCACGGUGACGGCCUUCGCCAUCCAGCCCAACUCUACACUUUCCCCUCUUUUUGUCCUAAAAUUGGACACCAGCGUCAGCGCGGCCAUGUCCGUGACUCAGAUGAGGCUGGGUGGGACCCUCAGCCUCAACAAGAUGGAGAUGAGCGUGCAGUCAAGUAACGUGGGAAACUUUCAGGUCUCAGUCCUCAACAAUUUCAUCCCAACGGUCCUGAGAUGGGUGGUGAUCCCCAUCGUGAACAAUGAACUUAGGAAGGGAUAUCCACUCCCUGAACUUCAAAACAUGCAGCUGAUGAACACUCGGCUUCAAAUCAUGCAGGACUACCUGAUGAUCGGGACGGACAUUCGCUUCACUGGAUGAACGGCAUCUUCGGAAACUCCCGGGAUUCAUGUUUAUUCUUGAUUAAUUCAAUUCGGCCUUAUGCUUCAAAUAAGAUGUCAUGUGCUUUGAACUGGAAUAUCAUGCUGGAUGAUAUGCGUUGUCAUGAGCGAGAUGAUCUUUUCUGUGAGCACUCACCGCUCUGGCAGAGCUGGUGUUUGUUUUUUAAAAUGAAAUUCUCAAAUAAAAUCAA